CCCGCCUCUUCCUCUCGGUCCCAUAUUGAACUCGAGUUGGAAGAGGCGAGUCCGGUCUCAAAAUGGAGGUAAAACCGCCGCCCGGUCGCCCCCAGCCUGACUCCGGCCGUCGCCGCCGCCGCCGGGGGGAGGAGGGCCAUGAUCCAAAGGAACCAGAACAGUUGAGGAAGCUGUUUAUUGGUGGUCUGAGCUUUGAAACCACAGAUGAUAGCUUAAGAGAACAUUUUGAGAAAUGGGGCACACUUACAGACUGUGUGGUAAUGAGAGAUCCCCAAACAAAACGUUCCAGGGGCUUUGGUUUUGUGACCUACUCUUGUGUUGAAGAGGUGGAUGCUGCAAUGUGUGCUCGGCCACACAAGGUUGAUGGGCGUGUGGUAGAACCAAAGAGAGCUGUUUCUAGAGAGGAUUCUGUAAAGCCUGGUGCCCAUUUAACCGUGAAGAAAAUUUUUGUUGGUGGUAUUAAAGAAGAUACAGAAGAAUAUAAUCUGAGAGACUACUUUGAAAAGUAUGGCAAAAUUGAAACCAUAGAAGUUAUGGAAGACAGGCAGAGUGGAAAAAAGAGAGGAUUCGCUUUUGUAACUUUUGAUGAUCAUGACACAGUUGAUAAAAUUGUUGUUCAGAAAUACCACACUAUUAAUGGGCAUAAUUGUGAAGUGAAAAAGGCCCUUUCUAAACAAGAGAUGCAGUCUGCUGGAUCACAGAGAGGUCGUGGAGGUGGAUCUGGAAACUUUAUGGGUCGUGGAGGAAACUUUGGAGGUGGUGGAGGUAAUUUUGGUCGUGGUGGAAACUUUGGUGGAAGAGGAGGCUAUGGUGGUGGAGGUGGUGGCAGCAGAGGUAGUUAUGGAGGUGGUGAUGGUGGAUAUAAUGGAUUUGGAGGUGAUGGCGGCAACUAUGGUGGUGGUCCUGGUUACAGUAGUAGAGGAGGCUAUGGUGGUGGUGGACCAGGAUAUGGAAACCAAGGUGGUGGAUAUGGUGGUGGUGGAGGAGGAUACGAUGGUUACAAUGAAGGAGGCAAUUUUGGUGGAGGUAACUAUGGUGGUGGUGGGAACUAUAAUGACUUUGGAAAUUAUAGUGGACAACAGCAAUCAAAUUAUGGGCCCAUGAAAGGGGGCAGUUUUGGUGGAAGAAGCUCAGGCAGUCCCUAUGGUGGUGGCUAUGGAUCUGGUGGUGGAAGUGGUGGAUAUGGUAGCAGAAGGUUUUAAAAAAAAAAAAAGCAGAAAAGGGCUACAGUUCUUAGCAGGAGAGAGAGCGAGGAGUUGUCAGGAAAGCUGCAGGUUACUUUGAGACAGUCGUCCUAAAUGCAUUAGAGGAACUGUAAAAAUCUGCCACAGAAGGAGCGAUGAUCCAUAGUCAGAAAAGUUACUGCAGCUUAAACAGGAAACCCUUCUUGUUCAGGACUGUCAUAGCCACAGUUUGCAAAAAGUGCAGCUAUUGAUUCAUGCAAUGUAGUGUCAAUUAGAUGUACAUUCCUGAGGUCUUUUAUCUGUUGUAGCUUUGUCUUUUUCUUUUUCUUUUCAUUACAUCAGGUAUAUUGCCCUGUAAAUUGUGGUAGUGGUACCAGGAAUAAAAAAUUAAGGAAUUUUUAACUUUUCAAUAUUUGUGUAGUUCAGUUUUUCUACAUUUUAGUACAGAAACUUUAACAAAAAUGCAGUUUUGAAGGUGUUUCCUUGUGAGUUAACAAGUAAAGAAGAUCAUUGUUAAUUACUAUUUUGUAUGAAUUUUGCUAAAGUUAACUGUAAAGAAACACCUACUGACUUGCAAUUUAAGGGGAAUCUAUUCUCCCCAUUUCCAAAACCAUGAUGAAUGGGCACUGAUAUGUGGAGAGAAUAGAUAUCUGUAUGUUUGCAAUGUGUGUUUUAGAUAAUUAGGAUUGGGUAAUAAAAAUUAGCAUAUUUGUGAAUUCAAUAGCAUUAAGAUUACUUUCCAAUGAAAAAGAUCUCAAAAGUUCCUAUUUGGUUUUUGUGCAUUUUCUUUCGAAAUGUAAUCAUGAUUUUAGUAUGUUAGACUUAUUGAGUCCUAGCCGUGUUAAGAACAUCUCCAUUCCACAUUUACCUUGAUCACAUUGAAACUGCUGCCAAUAGUUUGGGGUAUAAAGUGUUUAUACUGCUCUCUACUAAAGGGUGGUGGAUAUAUUUCAUCUCCCAGUUUAACAGUCUUUUUAAUACAGGACCACUAAGUCUGCUGUGUCUGAGCAAACUGGUGGAUACCUGGUCUGUUCUGCUUUUAAAAUUCCAAGUCCCAAGCACAUUGACCUAGUCACUUCCUUGGUUUAGUCUCCCCCUACACACAGCUUUUCAGGGCACAGGAAUAAAAGUCACUCAUUUGAACCCCUCACUGGCUGGCAUGCUUUUCUGUUUAUACCCUGUACAUUUUGCUGGAUGAUGAAGCCAAGGAUAGUUACGGUGUCACUGUCCAAAACAAAGGAGCGGAAAAUGUAGCACAAUUGCUUAGAUAAGCACCUCACUUCCCAAAGGUCUGAAUUCGAAUUUGGAUAGCCCUGAAUGCUUAAAUCCCCAAAGAACACACGGUUAUUCUUUGUAUAUAUUUCAUCCUAAAACAUGUUGGUGUUUGUUCAGAGACCUUGGUUGAGGAGAGUUCUAGAUACUAAGGUCAUAUAUAUGAAAAAUGUACUGUUGCGCCCGCCAGCUAGUGCUUAACAACUUCAUUCAAGCCCUAAGUGUGUGCUCUGCUGUUGCUUUCUUUGGCAAUUGAACAUUGAAUUCAAAUUUUUAUUUGGUUUUUGAAGUACAAGCAAAACAAGCAAUAAAAAGGGGAAUGGGACGUGCUAGUGUUUGAAUAUGCUCUCUUGUUGCUCUAAUUCUGUGCCUCUGUGCAUUAUUAAUAUUUGGAUGCAUGCAAUGCUAGCAUGGAACUUUGGUCUUCACAAAUACUGCAGUUUUUCCAGAAAACACUCACAAACCAAUAAAUGUAACAGACAACAUUCCAUUUGUUAAUGGGCAUAUGUGAAUAAGCAGUGUAGAAAAUAGGCUCAUGUUAGAAAAUGGUUACAUCUUUCAUAACUAAAGUGUGGUUAUAUAAAUGGACACUGUCAAUGUUCAUAAUUUAAACCUGGGUACCUGGUCAAAAUGCUUAGGAAAUAUUAAAACUGAGCUAAAUUGUCUCAAGUCCUUUUAUUCAUAUAAUAAAGAUUGAAAGAAUUGGGGAGGUAACAUUUCUGGUUUUGUUUGUAAAAUUGUUGGACACAACCUUGACAGUAUCCUUUAAUGUCAUGAGGUCAAUUGUAUUGUUAACCAACUUUUUAUGUUCUGGAAUAGUAUAAUAGCAAAACAUUUUUCAGUAAGUUGAUGUUUACAACCUAUAAUCAGGUGAAAUCUGUAUGUGACCUGUUUAUAAGUUGUACUGGGUUAGCUUUUGUGAACAGUGUGGAAAAGUAAGCCAUGAGCGAUUUAACCAGCUUUAAAAGGACCUAAGUUGUGCUGUUUAAGCACUACUGGAUCAAAGGAAACCCACUAAGACAGGACUUCAGCAGCCUUUGUGUAUGGACAAGUCAGCAUAAAUAAAGAAUGAGAAGGCAGCCCCAGCAAGAGCUUCAACUACAGACAAGUGGAGGCAUAAGAUUCUGUGGUGAUGAUAGUGAGCAGCGUUCCAAAAGCUAGUUAAAUCUGCUUAUUGCAACUGAAAUGUCGAAGAAAGUAGCAGGAAGGAGCUCCGCCUUUUGGAACAUCAAUGAGAUAGUUGCCACAGUCACUAGGUCUAGCAUUUAGACCUGCAAGGAAGGGCAAUAAGCAUUAGGUAAGGCUUGAAUUUGAAUUUUUUCACUAAUUAAAGAGUGCUUUUUUGUAAAGCAAGGUAAGAGUAAUCUUUUUGAUUUGCAGGUGAAUGAGAAAACCCUACUUGCCUAAAUGAGGAAUGUCUUUCCUACCAUCUUAAAUACGAAGGUUUCUGGCUGGGUAAGGUUUGUAGCUCACAGUAAAGCGUGAUGACAUCAUUGGUUUCCCUACAAAUCGAUGCCACAGUUUGAAACAUUACCCCCAUUAGUAGGUACACUGGCAGAAUUGUCAAGCUCAGUUUUAUUUUGGGUACCCUGUUGAACAAGUUCUAAGACUUCAGGUGGUCACAUUCUGCAGUAGCCAUGGAUAUUUAUCAUGAGCCAGAUGUAGCCUUUUCAUGUGUGUACAAACUCACUCACUGUUAGCAUCUGUGGUAAAAUCCGCUUUCUGUAAGGGAAAGAAAGUCAUUGGCUUUUCAGAACAGUUUUGAAGUAUUGACUUCCGGUAAGCUGCUAGUUCCCACCCUUGGGAAAAUGGGGAUCUUUUACAAUUACCAGCAUAAUAGUCUUCCUCAAAGUUAUCUUGCAUAUCAGUUCAUGACUAUGAAUCAGUAGGAACAGUCAGUUUUUAGUUGUCUGUCCAUUUCUUCCAUCCCCUAAAUACACACAAGGUCUCACUAUUGUCCUGACCUGGAACUCAGUCCACCUGCCUGUCUCCCAAAUGCUGGGAUGAUUAAAGGGUGGUGCCUAAUUGUCACUCAUGCUCCUUAAAAAAAAAAAAAUCCAAAGAACAGUUGAGUUACUAUUCAAAUAGGUUGCUGAUUGUUCAUAAGGGCUAAUUUUUGCUGCCUUGAAAGGGCUUUGAAAAUUGCUUAAUUCAGGUUACUUUUUAAUAUAUCCUCAGAGGACAAGUUUGCAAAAUACUGGUUAGUAAGUUAGAGAUCUUGUUUUCCAUACAGGGAUGCCCUACAUCAUUUGCUUGGCAUUUCAGUCAGGACUGAAUUUACACAAACUAUAGUUACUAAUAAGUAAGGUAGCAGUCUUUCAAUGGUGAUUCCUUCAUACAGAUUUGGAGAAAUGCAUUUUUUAACAGGCAUUUACAUUUCAUUUCCUUUCUGAAAUAAAAUGAUUUUACUUAAUGUGGUUCCACUGUCGUUUCUGCAAAAACAUUUUACAUACAAAAGGUGGCCAUACAAAACAGGAAACAGUUGAGGGUGACUGAUUUUGUUUGACCUGUAGGUUACUGCUCCCAGUUUACAUGUCUAAAAGCUGCAUUUGCACUUGUGUGUAAAGAGAACAUGUUUAAGAAAGUCAUCUGGUGGGGCUACAGAGACAUGGGCUUGGUUUUUGAGGAUUCUAUUCUGUUACAAUUCAAAACACUUAAAAGGUAUCAGUGAUUAGCAUGGCAAGAUGGUAAGCAUGGGGAUAUGGGGUAAUGUGAGGACUGGUAGUCUAUCCAAGUACUCAGUUUUAAGUGUGUUUUAUGACAGCAGAGGUGGUCUGUACUGGAUUCAAUUGUUUCAUUUGUAGUAUAAUGAAAUGUUACAGAAAUGACUUUUUCAUUAAAAUAUUUUUAGAAACGUG